UCAAAAUGGCGGCGGUGUCGUAGGAAACGGGAAGCAAAAUACAGCUAAAAGAAAAUAUUUUUAUGCUCAGAACUUUCUAUAGACUUCUCCUUGGCGGAGAAACAUUUCAUCUGCAAACGUCAGUAACAAAGGAACUCAAAAAACUUUGCAUUAGGCAUUCUAAAAGACGUAUAAGUCCGCUCAAGUUCUUCCUUGACUGUCUACUCAGGUCUAAAAUGGAAGGCGAAGUUGGGAAACUUUUAUCAAGUGAAUUUAAAAGUAUCCUUACCCCAGAAGUGAAUACGCUUUUUUCGGCCUUUAUUGAUCAUGGUUAUGAGGUAAGAAUAGUUGGUGGAGCUGUUAGGGACUUACUUAAAGGAAUAAAACCAAAAGACAUGGAUUUUUCGACCAAUGCUACUCCUGACGAAAUGAUCCAUGUUUUUAAAGAUAAGAAAAUUCGCUAUAUCGAAACGGGUCUACAACAUGGAACACUAACAGCCCAUAUAAAUAAACAAGACUUUGAAGUUACUACUCUGAGAAUUGAUGUGGAGACUGAUGGUCGCCAUGCUAAAGUGAAGUACACGAAUGACUGGAAACUUGAUGCAGAGAGAAGAGAUCUCACUAUCAAUGCUAUGAGUCUAGCAUUUGAUGGGACGUUGUACGACUACUUUAACGGAAAACAAGACCUUGAACACAAUCAAGUUAGAUUUGUUGGUGAUCCAAGGCAGAGAAUAAUGGAAGAUUAUCUAAGGAUCUUGAGAUAUUUUCGAUUUUAUGGAAGAAUAGCAACAAGUCCAAACCAACACGACAAAGAAACAUUAGAUAUAAUAAAAGAUACUGCUAAAGGACUGAAGAUGAUUGCAGUGGAAAGAAUUUGGGUGGAACUGGCCAAGAUACUUGUUGGGAACCAUGCUCCUAGUUUGUUGAAACUCAUGUAUGAUCUUGAUGUUCCCAGCUACAUAGGACUUCCUGGAUACAGCGAAGAAAACAUGAAUGAAUUCUGCAGAGCUUGGAAUGAAAGCAAAAUGCAUGCACUCCAGCCUGUCACUCUACUGUGCUGUCUUGUCAACACUGAAUACGAAGCAGAGGUCUUAGCUAGAGAUUUGAAGCUGUCCAAUGCUGAAAGAAACCUUGGAAAAUUCAUAACAGAACACAGGGAUCCCAAGCAACAUGAGGAUCCAUUAAAACCAUACCUUGACAUGCUUGUGUGCAGUCCAAGUGCGCAAUCCAAAGAAACCCUCCGAGGUCACCUCAAAGAACUUUUACAUUAUCAAGGAAGGCAUGAUUUAGCAAACAAGAUUUCUACCUGGCCAAUACCAUUAUUUCCUUUAAGGGGAGACCACUUGAAGAAACUUGGAAUGAAACCAGGGCCUGAGCUCGGAAAGGCACUGAGCCAGCUGAAAGAGAUAUGGAGGGAUAGUUAUUAUGUUGCAACUGAGCAAGAUCUGAUGGAUAAAAUUCAUUCUCUUUUAAACAAGUGAUAUUCUGCCACUUUUGGUGUGAGUCUAAAAAAUAAAAAUAAAAAGAAGUACAUUCAACAUUUUUGAGCAUACCAGCUUCAAAAUGAAUAAGGUUUAUUAAGAAAUACUGUAUACCAAAAACACAUUACUCUAAUUUACACAAGCGUCAUUGUCCUAAAAAAAUACCAUAUGAUGCCCACUUUAAUGACAACAAAACUAMUGAUAAUAAUGGAUAAGAGUAUUAAUGCUAAAUAUAUGGAACUAUAAAAACAAGACACUAAAAAAAGAACAUUGAUUUUGGUAAC